UAGCAUACAAAAAUAUUAAGAGAAUCCUACAAUGUGAUUUCUUUUUCUUUAGAUUAUGUCUCUCAUGGUGGACAUGUACCUAAGAUGAACAUCUCAAAACCCUCUAUGAUUUCUCAGAGGGAGAACUUGCAAAAUCACAGGGUGAAAAUAAUCUGAAAAAUGCCACAAGAACAUGUUUAAAACACCAUUUUCAUCAGGUGAGUCUUUAGGUUCCUCAGAACAUUAACUAUGCUUUACUGCUGUUGAAUAAUACAUUCAGAUAUUUCCACUUCCUGUAAGCUGCUUGACCUUUACCAUUCCAAGUACCUGAACAUCAGGACUGUUGGUUGUCCUCCAGUAGAGAAUGUGUGAAAUCUUAAUAAGGUUAUUUUGGGAGUAAGGACGACGCCAUAGCAACCCUUACUCUAUGUACGGAGUGUUGCUGUGGUAAUAACAGACUCAAAUUUCUCCAAACCCAGUCUCACACAUCCGACUGUUGGACUUGUUUGUCUGUGGACAGCUUUUGUUCACUGUGUCAAGGUCGCACUAAAAGUAUGCCACACACUUUUUCACCGGGUAUGAAGUAUCACCACAUGUUUAUGCGAUCUGGGAGGAGGCGAUGAAUGAAAGGGAUCAGAAUGAGUCUAGGAAUCAAAAUGAAAACGGAACCGUCUGUUUUGGAUUUAUAAGGCUGGAUUAAAGAGGAGGAUGUGUGUUUGUGUGUGAUACCCUCACGCUUGUUUCUAUCUGUGAGAUUGGAUCAUAAAGAGUGACGGUCACGGCUCGCAGAGGUCAGUGUGACUCGCCGUCACUCUCGCUGUCCGAUGUGGAGGGAAAGCAAACGAUUUAUUUGUUUGCCUUCUACUCUUGAAGAGGAGUGUGAAGACGCCGUUAGAAGAAGGAGAAUCUUGUAAGUUUUUCUUCUCACCAACUGUCACUAUAGUGGAAUUUUUUGUAUUUAUUUAUUAGUCUUGAAUGUGUAAUUUGGCUCUGCUUUAGUUUAUCUGAGGGAACAGUGAGAUGUUUACUAUCUUAAACUAUUCCGUCUGUUCUCCUUCUACCACCAGCUUUCAAUCCAACCUUUCACGAUGGCUUUCCUGCAGAAGAUGCGCUCUCCUUCCCUCUCUUUCCUGCAGACGGUCGUGUCUCUCCUCCUGAGCACCUUGGCCCUCGUGUCCUCCUUCUGGUGCUCGGGGAAGCAGAAGGUGCCCAAGCCGCUGUGCUCGGCCACCAAGCACACCAACUGCAUCCCCGUUCCAGGCCUGAACAACUACUCCAACGUCCAGUUCUUCUGGGAGACCGGGGACGACCGCUUCGUCUUCCCCACCUUCCACACGGGGCUGUUCUUCAUCUGUGAGGAGAACAUCUACGCAGACGGAGGAGCAUAUCAAAAUGAGGAUUUUAAGAAAAUAAUUAACUAUUUUUUGUUGUUUGUUUCAGAGGAGAAGUGUCGAGAGUUUUAUACUUUGCCUCCAGGAUCAGAAAAAGGUUGGUUUUGUAGUUUUUUUGGACUCUUUGAUUUAUUUAUUUAUUUUUUGAUUGAGUUUUUACAUUUAGCUUCGUCUUCCACAGCAAUCAUGUGGCUGUCGCUGACUCUGGAGCUCAUGUACAUCGGCCUGCUGCUCAUCAGCUGCAUGCUGCUGUCCGUGCAGCUGUGCAUCAAGGCCUGGUUCCCGUCCACGCUGCGCUGGGGUCAGCUCCUCAAUGCCUUUGCCGCCGUCUUCACCGUCUUGGGAGGUUUGCUGGGAAUGGUGGGUCACAUGAUGUACAUGCAGGUGUUUCAGACCACCGUCACCAUGGGACCAGAAAACUUCAAACCUCAUAGCUAUGGCUACUCCUGGGCUUUCUAUGUGGCCUGGGUUGCCUUCACUGUCUGCAUGGCGGCCGGAGUCUCCACCCUCAACAACUACACCAAGAAGGUCCUGAUGGUGGGUCCCAGGCGCAGCUCCAGCCUCAACCCCUGCAGCUUUAACUUCGUGGGACCCAUCACCCUCGCCCCGCCCCAAUCCGCCCCUCUGAUCUCCCACCUGUCUCCCUACUACGAGCCCCCAUCGGAGGGGUCUCCACCCUCCCCUCGGAGGCUGAUGCACUCCAACUCCUUUCCUCCUCCUCCGACCAACCCGGCGCCCUCAUCACCGUUCCACCGCAUGUCCCUGCACUCCCCGUCUGCUCUGCACGCACCCCCCCGCUCCGUCCACCUCACUCUGCCGGGCCAGAACCACCUGGAGCGAGACGAGGAGUACAGCCCGCUCUGA